GGACAUUUGCGUAAAUUCUGAUACCUGGCCAUUCUUCUGAAAAGAGGCUCGUCGAUCUUUCUGAAGUUGGAGUCUUCAUCGCCGCCAAGGGAAUUUAGGGCUAUCUCACAAAUCCUCCAACACAAAGACUUCUCCCUGAAGUCGGAGUCUUCAUCGCAGCGAUCUUUCUGAAGUUGGAGUCUUCAUCGCCGCCAAGGGAAUUUAGGGCUAUCUCACAAAUCCUCCAACACAAAGACUUCUCCCUGAAGUCGGAGUCUUCAUCGCAGCUCUCUUAUCUUCCAAGAAAUUCAGAUUUAUCCGACGUCAACUCCAGAGAGUCCAUCAACACCAGACUUCUAUAUAUCGGUAACUAUUAUCUCUCAAGUCUAACCUUAUAUAUAUAUCACACCCUUCGAAAAAAUUAUCUCCAUUUUCGCUCAUACCUACUGACUCUCCAAUGACUCUGAAUUCCCCCUUCAAAGUCCUUUUGAAGGAUGUUACUACGCAACUGGACGACAAGGGUGUGUUGUUGGUGAGAGUCGUACAUAUGUGGAUUGUUCCUGACAAGGGAAAUUCCUCCGAACCAUACAUGAUUGACAUGGUUCUCAUGGAUGAGGAGGGAACACGCAUACAAGCUACAAUUGAAAAUACUCAUGUUUCUACCUUCAAGGGCAAAAUCAAGGAGCAUGGUCUUUAUGGAAUGAUGCGUUUUGAAGUUAGGGCUAAUAACGGUGAUUACAGGCCUACUUCACAUCCUUUCAGGUUAUAUUUUAAGGAGAGCACAAAGAUCAAGGAGCGUGAUCUUUCAUCAGAGACAGAAUUCCCAAAGGAUUUGUAUACAUUAAAAAGUUUCACCGAGAUAAAAAAUACUCAUAGAAGAGCUGGAGAUGACUUAUUCGAUACAAUUGGAAAGUUUAAGUUUGACAACAUCAAAUAUUCCUUGCAACCAGAUGGAUUGCCGCGAGCAGCAGAAUUCAUCCUCGAAGAUCUGGAUAAAAAUCAGUUGUCGUGUACACUAUGGGGUGAGUAUGCACAGGCUUUGAGGAAUAUGCCCAGUACUUCGGCCGAACCACACAUCAUGCUGCUUCAGUUGUGUAGAGCAAAGACUGACUAUGGUGAGGUCAUUCUUGCAAACUCCUUUUACUAUACAAAGGUUAUAGUGGACGAGAGUAUCCCUGAAAUUGAGGACUUCCAUACUAAGUUGGUAGCCAGCUCACAGUCUUCAUCAUCUGCAAACUCCACCGGUUUUUUUAUAGAUCCUGCAUUAGUUAAGUCAAUGUCUGAACUGCUUGCAAUUUCUAAGAGGUCCCGAUGUUGGAUCUUUGGUAAAAUCACAAAUAUUCUCAAUCGAAGAGCUUGGUCCUAUCAAGGGUGUGUAAAAGAGUCUUGCUCUAAAAAGGCCUCUGCUCACGGCGACAAGUUUAAGUGCUCUAAAUGCAAUGAGGUGUUCGACCAGGGAAUACACCGAUAUAAGAUUACUGUUAUCGUGAAGGAUUCUUCGGGCUCUGUUACGUUAUGUCUGUGGGAUCACGAGUGUCGUCAGUUGUUGCACAAAACUGCGGGCCAACUCAGAGAACAACUGAAUCUGAGUGGCAUUCAUGAGACAGCGACGUCAAAAGAAAUUGACGAUUUAGUGGGUCUACAUCUUUUGUUUAGGGUUGAUAUAAGCGAGGAAGAUUUUAAAAAAAGUGACAAAGUUUUUUCCGUGAGGUGCCUCACACAAAAUGAUGAUCUUAUGAACCAAUUUCUGGCAAAAACAAAUGAUGAACAACAAGUGGAUCUGGAAUCUGAUGACGAUUUGGAAAUUUUUUUCAGUCAGCCAGGAGUAACAUCAUCAAACAAUAUUGAUGAUGCUACGACUACUACCCCAAUGUCAAAGCGGUCUUUGUUAGAUUAUGAGGAAGGACAUGAUGGAGGAUCUUCUACUCAAAACUCCACUAGCAAACUGCAGAAAACUAUCAAGGUUGAAAAACCUUAAGGUUUUGGAGAUGGUGUUUGAGGUGGCCAAAAAAUGAAGAAUUAUCUUUGCUCUUUAAUUUCAUGUCAUUUUUAGUGGAUGAGUAUUUACUGCAUACAUGUUAGUUUUUCAAGAGACGGUUUUCUUGAUUUACUUUGAUUUACAUUGGUUUAAAUUAGUUAAUGUUGAGAUAAUCUUGCUUAUGCUUACCUUCAUGAAUUCUUC